AUGGAUUUCCAACAGACAAGUGUGAGGAAAUAUAACAACCACACGAAGAAAUCUGGUGAACACAAUAACCCAUCUCCAACAAAACGACAAAAACAGAACCAUCAUACGGCCCUUUUAAUUACACAGCGCUCUGUCCUUGAGGCGGCGACACCCGUCGAUCAAUUUCAAUUAACAAAUCUCAACCGCAGGGCAGGCGUCCCUCAGCCCCACGACAAGGCGUCGCAGUUCCAGACCUGUACGCAGCGCAAUGGCGGGGCUCAGUGUCUCCCAGCUCCCCCCGAGUCCUUCCUUGCCGGCGACGUGGUGGAAUACUACAGCCAGGGCUAUGUCUGCGGCGACCGGCGUGGCCACCGCAUUGCGGUUGUUCUGAAGAUCGUCUCAAUGGACGACAACCCAUUCCCCGUCUCGCUGGACACGCAAGAGCCGCUGCCACUGACCGCCAUGGUGCGCCGCCGAUUCGACGGCGUCGCCAACGAGCUACCCAUUGACCGCGUGCGCUGGCGCAAGCUGCGCUCCAACAAACUGGUGACCGGAAUGCAUGACGCUCCUACGUCCGCGGAUCGUCUCGGCGCUGCCAUGAAGGCUGCUGUCCUUAGUGGCGAGCGGUGCCAUACAACGAGCGGAACGCGAAGGGACCAGCAACCGCCUGCCCCACCGGCUCUUUCUGAACCCACCACUCAACGCUGCAGCUCGCGGUCUUUCCAGUCCGCCCGGCCGAUUUUGCGACUGAGCCGUUCCCAAGUAGCUUCAUGCAGACGAGAGGUGGAAGGAGACGCUGCGGAGGGCGUAGACGGCGCUACGAAGGGCGAGGAGGACGUAACGACCACAGAUGAAGUGCCGUCGCCACCUCCUUGGUCGCGGAACGAACUGCAACGUAUUGAACGCGUGAUUGAAGCCGAGGUCACGGACGCACAGCCGCGGGCUGCAAGCGACUUUGUCAAAGCCAUCCCAACACGUUGGCAACGCCAGAAGAUACGCCAUCAGAGGAAAGUAAAGGGUGGAGACUGGAGCAAGGGACGUUCUCGCAAACACCGUCACGAGGCGAUGUGCGGGUUGACCCGCAGCGGAACGCAGCUUUACUACUCUCAUGCUACAAAGACAGAGAGAGUGAAGGACAUUCUGCGUCUACGGGGGCUACGGACACGACUGCGAGAACUACGCCAACGUCGGCCUACUUACCAGAAGCCACCGCCAUCGGUCAACUUUCCACCUACUCUUCCUAUUGAGGUGCAAUGGCCGAGCAACAUUCGCAUGGUAACCGAGUGUCUCAAUCCUGAGGGCGUGCAGUUCAAGGACGCUGUCGAUUUCAGCAGGUGCUCUUGUACAGGCGACUGCUUCAUGGACUUGUGUGCGAAUGUGGACGGCGCUUUGUAUUGCACUCCAGAUGCCUGUAAUUUGGAUGGCAUACGCAGCAACGCCCCGAGGACACUGGCCACUUCAAAACUCUUUGACACUGAUCGGGUGGGGCUCGGUGUGUUCACAAGCACAGACCUUACCGCCGGAGAUGUCAUUAGUGAAUACGCAGGCGUGCUCAACGCUUCCGAUCCUAUCGACGCGGGACAACCUGGCCAACGCAUGAAACACAAUACAGGCUGCGCUAUGCUGCUAAACGCGAGAUCUACGCGGAGGCAGUACAUCUACGUGGAAUCGCUAAAUUGUGGAUCGACCGUACGCUUCAUAAGUCACUCGCACACUCCUAACGCAGCGUUCGUCGAGGUGUACAACAGAUCAUCCGUGAAAGUUCUCGUCAGGAUGACCAAGAACUUGUACGCUGGCAGUCAAAUUACUGUCGACUACGGCAACCAGACUUGGUUCCGCUGCGCGUGCGACGAGUGCUGGACUGGUGCGGAUGGAAGUGAGGACGACGAAAGUAGCUGA